AUGGUCGAAUAUUUAUUCAGCAUUGGUGCGGAUCCGAAGGAGGGGCGCUUUGGCUGCCCAUUACAGAGUGCCAGCCUGAUGGGCUGUGUUGCCUACAUGACGCUACUAAAAUAUGAUGCCGAUCCAAAUUUGACGAUCAAGGAUACACUUGGUGUGCCACUCGUGAUCGCUGUGAGUAAGGGACAUCUCGAAGUGGUCAAGGCUUUACUUGGCAAUGGUGCAAACCCAGACCAGACAUCCGCCGUUCCUAAUCGAUCUUUGGAGGGCCGACUAUCACACCCCGACAACUGGUCUAUUUCUCCCACAGCCUUGGAAGAAGCGUCCACCAAGGGCCAUUGA